AUGUAAUCAUAUAAAGAGGCUUUAUAACUGUUCUAAAAAAAUUCAAUGAACUUACCAAUGAAAGAACAUGAAGAUAAAUUAAAUGUAUUAGUAAUUACAACUAGAUUAUGUUAGAAUAUAUAUUACAUGAAUUAGAAAGAGAUAAAAAAGAAUUGUAAAUCUUGAGAUAAGAAAUUAUUCAUGAAUCAUAUAUAUAAUCCUCUAUCAAUGAUGAUACAUCAACUAGUUUCAUUGAAGAAUUAGCAGACUUUACAAGAAACUUUAGAAAGCUUGCAGAAGAAUCCAUUCAUGAAACCAAUCAAAUAAGCAGUUAAGUGGAAAUAUUAAAAAAUGAAAAAGCAAGAAUCAGAAAAUCUACUAAUUUAUUGCAUCAUAGAGUAUUUGAAAUGGAAAAAGUUUUAGGAGUUGGAUUAAAUUAAGCUAAUUCAUAAGAAGCAAACAUUUGA